GAAAAAAGAAAAGGUAAUCCAAAUUUAAAAUCCUGCAGCAGAGGCAUCUGACAAUUACCCGUGAAGCCACUCACCAAAAGAUCGCUCUGCGCCUCAGCUGUGGACCAAACCCAAACCCUCUCUCUCCUCUUCUUUUUCUUUUUCUUCUUCUUCUCGGCAAUUCACGCCUCAAACUGUAAGUUGAAAGGCGGCCAAAAUGGGUGCUUUAUAUUAUUCUCUUUCUACGCUCCUUCUGUUAAUUGCAGUUACAGAGCUGUUUCCCGAAGCCAAUUCCACCACUUACUGGGGAGACAUAGAGGUAUUGAAGCAGCUGAAGAACGGAAUCGACCCCAACUCAGUGAAUCAGGGCACUUGCCUCGGCUCAUGGGACUUCCGGCUGGACCCCUGCGACAGCAUCUUCACCCAAAACUUCACGUGUGGCCUUCGAUGCGACGUCGUAGUCUCCAACGCCAGCCGGGUCACCGAACUCGCUCUCGACCCAGUGGGUUACGUCGGCUGGCUCGAUUCCGUCUCCUGGGACCUCCCCUACCUCGAGACCCUUGACCUCUCCGGGAACUUCUUUUCCGGCACGGUUCCAGACUCGCUCUCUAACCUUACUCGGCUGCAGCGGCUUAGCCUCUCCGGAAACUCGCUCGCCGGCUGGGUACCCGCCUCCAUCGGCUCCUUCUCCAACCUCGAGGAGCUCUGCCUCGACAACAACAAGCUCCAGGGAACAAUCCCGUCGGCUCUCAACGGUCUGAAUAAUUUAAAAAGGCUCGAACUCCAAGGAAACAACUUCACCGGCGCGUUUCCCGAUCUGGGUCAGCUUGGUAAUCUCUACUACCUAGACGCCAGCGACAAUGCCAUCUCCGGCGCGCUCCCGGCGACCCUCCCGGCCUCCCUCGUCGAGCUUGCGCUGCGAAACAACCAAAUAGAAGGGAAUAUUCCGGCGAGCGUGCAAAACACGGUCUAUCUACAAGUACUCGACCUGAGUCACAACAAGCUUAACGGGUCGGUCCCGUCGGGGCUCUUUGCUCACCCGUCCCUGCAACAACUAACCCUCUCCCACAAUCAAUUCGAAUCGGUUCAAGGACCCGGCGACUCGGGUCGGGGAAGCGGGCUCAUAGCAGUGGACCUUGGUAACAACCGGAUCCGAGGGGUGUUACCGGCGUUCAUGGGCUUGAUGCCGAAGUUGUCAGCAUUGACGCUGGAGAACAAUUUCUUCACGGGUCUGAUUCCUACCCAGUACGCGCUGAGGGCGGUGACGCCGGGUCAGGGGGAGGCACCGUUUCAGAGGCUGUUGUUGGGAGGGAAUUACCUGUUCGGACCCCUACCCGGGCCGCUGCUGCGGUUGAGGGACCCCGGUUUGGCAACGGUGAGGCUGGGGGAUAACUGCCUGUACCGGUGCCCGUUAAGUGUGUUCUUCUUCUGCGAGGGAGGGCAACAGAAGCCGUUAACGGAGUGUAGGAGUUUUGUUCCGGUGAUUCCGUGAACGCUGCGAUCGUUUGGAUGAUAUUUCGUCAUGAUCACCAUCAAUUCCACUCAAUAAUGUCCUUCCUGUCCAUAGCUUUGUAUCUCUAUCUUCCCCAAAUUAUUAUUAUGAUUAUUUCCUUCCUAACUAAAUUUAUGCUUAUUAUGUACAUUUAUGACGUGUUUGUUUACUUAGUUUAUUUUGGGCCCCCCCUAUUUUACUACGUCCUUUUGGAAUUUGAUGUUUGAACAAGACAGAAACUGUCCAUAUAUAGCUUUGUAUCUCUGUCUUUGCUUAGUAAUUGGAGUGUACUUUGACACCAAAUUGGUGUUAAGACUUGUUAGGAUCAUGCAUUGUUUGGUGGGAUCAUU